AUGGCCGCACCUGGCAUCUACACCGACCUGGAACCUGGAGGCCAGCCCUCUGUCUUCAACAUAUACACGUCAGUUACCGCACGCGGUAAAAAUACCAAGCAGGUAGAAGAAGAGGUGCCCUGCAUCUCUGAAAAAAACAUUGGGGAAGAUAACAAAAACCAAAGCAAGGCUACCAAUCGUAGGAAGCACGCCUACGAGGAGACGGUCAUCGGAAAAGAGACGGCCGCUGGCUUGUACGGCACCGCUGCUAGCAUCUACACCGACCUGCAACCUGACACGGCUGAGCCUCGAUACCUUCACGUGGGAGACCACGUAGUGGUGUAUUCAGGUCAGAAAUCAGAAGAUACUUACGGGUACAGAGAGGCUGAGGAGGUCAACAAGGGGCUUGAGGAAAAUCAUUACUCACACGACUACGACAAACCAGAAGAUGUUCACGACUACAAAGACCCCGUGAAAGAAAGUUUUGCAUUCAGGGCUAAAGGUCGUGUCGUCGAAAUAUGGAAUACAUGGAAAUCUAGCAGAGUGUGCUGGCUUGCUUUGGGAUGUGGAUUUCUGGUUGUAGCAUCAGUUGUCAUCUCUGUCAUCCUGGCAACUCAUAUCAUCCAUGGUGGGAGGGUUUCGCUUCAGCAGAAUGGAACGAUGGUCCUGGGCCCGAUUCAGGGGUCAUUCAGUACGCCAUGGCAGCCGGAGUUCUACGGAGAAAACAAAUCGGCAUUUAACAUGGUCAACUUGACUCCAACAUAUUUGCCAUUUACAAACAGCAAUGCGGCCGUCCAGGUCUUAUUAACAACCGUCACAUAUACUUCGACCACGGACCUGAAUGAGUGUGCCAAAACCCCUUGCCGACAUGGACGCUGUGUGGACCAAGAUGGCGGAUACAAAUGCAUCUGCUUACUUGGAUGGACUGGACAGAACUGCCAGCAAGACAUGGAUGAGUGUAACAAAACACCCUGCCAACAUGGACGCUGUGUGAACAAAGAUGGCGGAUACAAAUGUACCUGCUCACCUGGAUGGACUGGACAGAAUUGCCAGCAAGAUAUAGAUGAGUGCAACAAAAACCUCUGCCAACAUGGACGCUGUGUGAACAAAGAUGGCGGAUACGAUUGUACCUGCUCACCUGGAUGGACUGGACAGAAUUGCCAGCAAGAUAUAGAUGAAUGUAAGGAAAACCCCUGCCAUCAUGGACGCUGUGUGAACCGUGAGGACGGAUACAAAUGUACCUGCUCACCUGGAUGGACUGGACAGAACUGCGAUAAAGAUAUAGAUGAGUGCAACAAAAACCCCUGCCAACAUGGACGCUGUGUGAACAAAGAUGGUGGAUACAAAUGUACCUGCUCACCUGGAUGGACUGGACAGAACUGCCAGCAAGCCCUGCGAUGCCAGCCGGAAUGGAGCAAGUACAACAACCACUGCUAUAAGCUCAUGACGGACAAAGUCUGUUGGUUUAUAGCAAGAACAGGAUGUGAAAAACACGGCGCAAUUCUGGCCUCUAUCAAAGACGUGGGGGAGAACAACUUUAUUACAGGUCUCAUCAAGAAUGCUCCUGAAGGUAUACUUCCUCUCGUCUGGGUGGGACUGAAAAAACAGUCUGGACAAUGGAAGUGGACAGAUGGGUCACGAGUUGGAUACAAGAACUGGGCUCCGCACGAGCCUAAUAACAUCUUACUAAAGGAGAAAUGUGGCAGCAUGUAUUCCAAG